CCUGUCCGCCCCCCAGCCCCGCACGACGCCGCUGUCGCCGCUGUCGCGAUGUGGCGCAGCGCCGGCCUCGCUGGCGACGCGCAGAAGGCUGAGACCAAAGAGGAAUUCGUAAAAGUUAGGAGGAGAGAUUUGGAAAGGCUGACAACUGAAGUUAUGCAACUGAGGGAUUUCUUACCCAAAAUAGUAAAUGGAGAUAUCCUGGGGACAUUCCAGAAGCUGGAUGCUAUUGAAUCAAGCCUGGAGAAGAAGGAGGAGGAGAUAGAGCAGCUGAGGAUGGAUUGUGAGCACUUCAGAGCCCGUCUGGAAACGGCCCAGGCAGAUUGCAUGAGAGAGAAGAAGGAGAAGCUGGAGCUGCGGCAGCAGCUGAACGAGGCCAAGCAGCAGCUCCUGCAGCAGGCAGAGUACUGCACAGAGAUGGGAGCAGCAGUGUGCACCUUGCUCUGGGGGGUCUCCAGCAAUGAGGAGGCUGUGAAGUCCAUUCUAGGAGGAAGUAAAGCAGUAAAGUUUUUCACAAUCACUGCCCAGACCAUGGAGAGCUUUGUGAAGUCAUUAAGUGAAGACAUGAAACAGCAGGAUUUGGAUUCUGAGGAAAAUCAGUUUGUAUUAGCUUUGGCAGGGAUUGUAACAAAUGUGGCUGCGCUGGCGUGUGGCCGCGAGUUCCUGGUCAGUUCCAGUCAGGAGCUGCUGGACACGAUGAUGCAUCUCCUGGGAGACAUGAAGCCAGGCCUCUGUAACAAAUUUAAAGUGCUAAUGCUAAUGUCACUUUACAAUGUGAGUAUCAACUUGAAAGGCUUGAAGUACAUCAGUGAAAGUCCAGGUUUUAUUCCCCUGCUUUGGUGGCUGUUGAAUGACCCGGACAGCGAGGUGUGCCUGCACGCGCUGCGGCUGCUGCAGUCGGUGCUGCUGGAGCCGGAGGUGCUGGCGCGGGCGGGCGCCGAGGUGCGCGAGACGCUGCCCUUCCAGCGCAUCGUGGCCCUGGCCCAGAGCCGCCACGCCGAGCUGCAGGCGCUCGCCAAGGAGCUCCUCGAGGACCUGAAGGUCAUUGAGUACGAAGCGUAGAAGAGCUCUGCGACACCAAAUCGCCUUCCCGGGAUUUUUAUGCUGCGGGAGUUGUUGGAGAUGGGCUGGACUGAAAAAAAAAAACAAACCUCUGCCCGAGUUCCUCUGACAAAAUCCUUUUUGGGAAUUUGAAUUAACCCAACUAAAAUCCAACUUGGGAAAACCUUUUAGAUACCCAAAUAAAACCUUGGGUGGUCUGGUAGUGAUGGGACUGGCUGAAUUUCUUGGAGCAGAAUUUUAUUGAUAAUGGUUUUCCAAAAUGGUCUGUGGUUGUGUUUUGUAUUUACUGUCUAGAUGGGGUAAAAUAUUCUCAUUCCUUGAUCACAGUUCACUGCAGAGGUAAAUAAUCCUUUUGGUCCAUCCUUAAGAACUACUAUACUGUGAGAAAAGCUCUGUUGCCUUUCAUAACUCUUCUGUGUCAGAAUGCACCCCAAGUUCGUCUGACAAAAUCCUUUUCGGGAAUUUGAAUUAACUCAACUAAAAUCCAACUUGGGAAAGCCUGUUGGGUUUUAGAUACCCAAAUAAAACCUUGGGUUGUCUGGUAGAGAUGGGACUGGCUUAAUUUCUUGGAGCAGAAUUUUAUUGAUAAUGAAAAUCUGUGGUUAUGUUGCGUAUUUGCUGUCUAGAUGGGGUAAAAUAUUCUCAUUCCUUGAUAACAGUUCACUGCAGAGGUAAAUAAUCCUUUUGGUCCAUCCUUAAGAAUUACUGUACUGUGAGAAAAACUCUGUUGCCUUUCAUAACUCUUCUGUGUCAGAAUGCACCCCAAGUUCCAGUUUUAUUGUUAUUUCUCACCUCUCUCUUCCUAUUGUAAUAAAAGAAAACUGAAAUUCUGUAGCAUGUAACGGAUUCUGCUUUCAAAAUUUGUAUUCAGCUUCACUCCUAACUGCAAGUCAAGCUGAUCUGUUGCUGCCAGGCAUGCUAGAAACUGGGCUAUUGUUUUUAGAAAAGCCCUGAGAAGGGAAAUAAAUUGCUGUUGUCUGUGGUA